AUGGAGGGAUUCCCCGCCCGCGGGUACGGCACCGGCGGCGCGGACAACCGGCCGCUCUUCGGGGAGACCUCGGCCAGGGACAGAAUCAUCAAUCUAGUUGUUGGUGGCUUAACAACCUUGCUGCUUGUAGUCACUCUAAUCAGUGCUUUUGUCUUCCCGCAACUACCUCCAAAACCUGUGAAUGUAUUUUUUGCUUUCUGCAUCUCCUUGUGUUGCAUUUCUGCUGGCAUUCUUAUCUACUGGUAUCGACAAGGAGACCUGGAACCCAAAUUUAGAAAUCUAAUCUACUACAUAUUGUUUUCUAUUGUCAUGUUAUGUAUAUGUGCCAACCUGUACUUCCAUGAAGUGGGUAAAUGA